GAGGCAGGACAAUUUCUUGAACCCAGGAGGCAGAGGUUGCAGUGAGCCGAGAUCACGCCACUGCACUCCAGCCUGGGCGACAGGGCGAGAUCUGGAGUGCAGGCACAAUUAUGGCUCCCUGCAGCCUUGACCUCCCCAGGUUCAGGUGAUCCUCCCAUCUCAGUUUUUCUAUUUUUAGUAGAGGCCUCCACCUCCCGGGUCAAGCAAUUCUCCUGCCUCAGCCUCCUGAGUAGCUGGGAUUACAGGCGUGUGCCACCACGACGGGUUAAUUUUUGUAUUUUUAGUAGACACAGGGUUAUACCAUGUUGCCCAGGCUGGACUUCAACUCCUGGGCUCAUGUGAUCCACCUGUCUUGGCCCCACAAAGUGCUAGGAUUACAGGUGUGAGCCACCACACCUGGCCAGCAGUUUCUUAAAAAGUUACACUUACCUUAAAACCCAGCAAUCCACUCCUAAGUAUAUGUCCAAAAGAAAUGAAAACAACAGGCUGGGCGUGGUGGCUCACACCUGUAAUGCCAGCACUUUGGGAGGCUAAGGUGGUAGCUCUCCAGACCACCCAGGGCAACAUGGUAAAACCCCAUCUCCACUAAAAAUACAAAAAAAUUAACCGGGUGUGGUGGGGCACACCUCUAGUCCCAGCUACUUGGGAGGCUGAGGCAGGAGAAUCACUUGAGCCCCAGAGGCAAAGGUUUCAGUAAGCCGAGAUCGUGCCACUGCACUCUAGCUUGGGCUACAGAGUGAGACUCCAUCUCACACACACACACACACAAAAGAAAUGAAAACAACAAUUUGUACAUGAGUUCAAAACAGAAUUAUUUAUUUCCCAAACUAGAAACAAUCCAAAUGUCUAUCAACAGAUAAAUGGAUAAGCAAAUGAUGACACAAUUGCAUUAAUGGAAUACCACUCAGCAAUGAAAAGGAACAAACCACUCAUACCUACAACAACACAGAUGAGCCUCAGAAACGUGAUGCUAAGUGAAAGAAGCCAGACCAAAAAAAUUACAUGCUAUUAUUCCAUUUCUAUGAAAUUUCUGGAAAAGACAAAAACCAUGCAAAGUAGAUCAGAGGUUGGCUGGGGGUGAGAGCAGAGACCGACUACAAAUAGGCCCAAGGGAACGUUUUGGGGUGAUGGAAGUUUUCUAUAAGUGGAUUAUGGUGAUGGCUACACAACAGUAUAAAUUAAAGGUCAUCCAAAUGUGUACUUACAAUGUUUGAAUUGUAUGACAUGUAAAUUAUCUCAUUAAAUCUGUAUUUUAAAAAAAGAACUGUGCUGUGAAGUUUGACAUAUUUUAAAGUAGGAUGUCUUAGCCGGGCAUGGUGUUGCAUGCCUGUAGUCCUAGCUACUCAGGAAGUUGAGGCUAGAAGAUUGCUCGACCUCAGGAGUUCAAGGCUGCAGUAAGCUAUGAUCAUGCCACUGCACUCCAGCCUGGGCAACAGAGCAAAGACCUGGUCUUUAUAAAAAUUAAAAACUGGCCGGGCACAGUGGCUCACACCUCUAAUCCCAGAACUUUGGGAGGCUGAGGUGGGUGGAUCACUUGAAGUUAGGAGUUCGAGACCAGCCUGGCCAACAUGGUGAAACCCUGUCUCUACUAAAAAUAAAAACAUUAGCUGGGCAUGGUGGCACACACCUGUAAUCCCAGCUACUUGGGAGGCUGAGGCAGGAGAAUCGCUUGAACCUGGGAGGUGGAGGUUGCAGUGAGCCCAGAUCGCGCCACUGCCCUCCAACCUGGAGACACAGCCAGACUCCAUCUCAACAACGACAUCAAAAAAGGCCGGGCACGGUGGCUCACGCCUGUAAUCUCAGCACUUUGGGAGGCCAAGGCGGGCGGAUCAUGAGGUCAGGAGUUUGAAACCAGCCUGGCCAAGAUGGUGAAACCCCAUCUCUACUAAAAAUACAAAAAUUAGCUGGGCGUGGUGGCGGGCGCCUGUAAUCCCAGCUACUUGGGAGGCUGAGGCAGGAAAAUUGCUUGAACCCGGGAGGCGGAAGGUGCAGUGAGCUGAGAUCACACCACUACAUUCCAGCCCGGGCGACAGUGCGAGACUCCGUCUCAAAAAAAAAAAAAAAAAAAAAAAAAUCUAAAACUCAAACUUCUGAAUAACAAUUUCCUCCUAGCAAGAAGAGACUCAGUAAGAUAAGCGCUACUUGGCUACUUUGCAAAUCUCUUUAAUGUCUGGCUUAAGAUGGCUGGUUUUUUGUAUCUGCCUCUGCAUUUAACCUGGUCCAUCUCGCGGGUCACAUAGCCUCUACAAAAUGAGAAGGGGUUCAAUGCCAUUAUCUCCGGGCCUGGGUAAAAGACUCAAGCCCUGACCCCAUCAUACUCCAACCAAUACAUACCCCGCCUGCGCUGUCUGCGCCUGGGUCUCUUCACCCGCAGUGAGCGGUCGCACGGCUCCACAUCAGGGUCGCCCUGAGGCUCAGCCUUCCCCGGCCCCAUUCCGAGUGCGCACAGGACUGAACGAGCACGCCCGGCCCCUGCUCCGAAGCGGAGGGACACGACGCGGACGCGCACGGUGCACCGCAGUGACCUGAGGAAGGAGCGACGGGCGCUCGCGCCAAAGGCGUCCGAGUGCCUGGUAAACUGUAAAGCGCGGUCCUGCGUGAGUUGCUAUGGCUACAGCUGCGCCAGGCGGACGGCCUGCAGGACCGAGGUGCAGCUGGGACGAGCGGAAAGCUCUGCGCGUGGGCGGGGAGCCCGGAGCCUCGCCGGGGCAAUGUCAUCUAGGUGCUCGGCGCUCCACUGAUCCGGCCCCCGGGGGUGGGCGGGCACGUUUGCCUCGGAUGGUCUAACAGGCGUCGGGGAGAGCCAAUGGUGUAGCUUCACGGCUCCACCCCCUUCCAUUCGAUUGGCCGGCGCCGAAAAGCCGGGCGUGAGCGGCCGCAGUCUCUGGAGGGAGCCGCUGCGGGUCUUUCCCUCACUCGUCCUCCGCUCGUCGCCGCUCUUCGGUUCUGCUCUGUCCGCCGCCAUGGCCCAAGCUGACAUCGCGCUGAUCGGAUUGGCCGUCAUGGGCCAGAACUUAAUUCUGAACAUGAAUGACCACGGCUUUGUGGUCUGUGCUUUUAAUAGGACUGUCUCCAAAGUUGAUGAUUUCUUGGCCAAUGAGGCAAAGGGAACCAAAGUGGUGGGUGCCCAGUCCCUGAAAGAGAUGGUCUCCAAGCUGAAGAAGCCCCGGCGGAUCAUCCUCCUGGUGAAGGCUGGGCAAGCUGUGGAUGAUUUCAUCGAGAAAUUGGUACCAUUGUUGGAUACUGGUGACAUCAUCAUUGACGGAGGAAAUUCUGAAUAUAGGGACACCACAAGACGGUGCCGAGACCUCAAGGCCAAGGGAAUUUUAUUUGUGGGGAGCGGAGUCAGUGGUGGAGAGGAAGGGGCCCGGUAUGGCCCAUCGCUCAUGCCAGGAGGGAACAAAGAAGCGUGGCCCCACAUCAAGACCAUCUUCCAAGGCAUUGCUGCAAAAGUAGGAACUGGAGAACCCUGCUGUGACUGGGUGGGAGAUGAGGGAGCAGGCCACUUCGUGAAGAUGGUGCACAACGGGAUAGAGUAUGGGGACAUGCAGCUGAUCUGUGAGGCAUACCACCUGAUGAAAGACGUGCUGGGCAUGGCGCAGGACGAGAUGUCCCAGGCCUUUGAGGAUUGGAAUAAGACAGAGCUAGACUCAUUCCUGAUUGAAAUCACAGCCAAUAUUCUCAAGUUCCAAGAUACCGAUGGCAAACACCUGCUGCCAAAGAUCAGGGACAGCGCGGGGCAGAAGGGCACAGGGAAGUGGACCGCCAUCUCCGCCCUGGAAUACGGUGUACCCGUCACCCUCAUUGGAGAAGCUGUCUUUGCUCGGUGCUUAUCAUCUCUGAAGGAUGAGAGAAUUCAAGCUAGCAAAAAGCUGAAGGGUCCCCAAAAGUUCCAGUUUGAUGGCGAUAAGAAAUCAUUCCUGGAGGACAUUCGGAAGGCACUCUACGCUUCCAAGAUCAUCUCUUAUGCUCAAGGCUUUAUGCUGCUAAGGCAGGCAGCCACCGAGUUUGGCUGGACCCUCAAUUAUGGUGGCAUCGCCCUGAUGUGGAGAGGGGGCUGCAUCAUCAGAAGUGUAUUCCUAGGAAAGAUAAAGGAUGCAUUUGAUCGAAACCUGGAACUUCAGAACCUCCUACUGGACGACUUCUUUAAGUCAGCUGUUGAAAACUGCCAGGACUCCUGGCGGCGGGCAGUCAGCACUGGGGUCCAGGCUGGCAUUCCCAUGCCCUGUUUUACCACUGCCCUCUCCUUCUAUGACGGGUACAGACAUGAGAUGCUUCCAGCCAGCCUCAUCCAGGCUCAGCGGGAUUACUUUGGGGCUCACACCUAUGAACUCUUGGCCAAACCAGGGCAGUUUAUCCACACCAACUGGACAGGCCAUGGUGGCACUGUGUCAUCCUCGUCAUACAAUGCCUGAUCAUGCUGCUCCUGUCACCCUCCACGAUUCCACAGACCAGGACAUUCCAUGUGCCUCAUGGCACUACCACAUGGCCCUUUGCCCUAUUUUCUGUUCAGUUUUUUAAAAGUGUUGUAAGAGACUCCUGAGGAAGACACACAGUUUAUUUGUAAAGUAGCUCUGUGAGAGCCACCGUGGCCUCUGCCCUUGCCUCUUGGGACUGACCAGGAGCUGCUCAUGUGCGUGAGAGUGGGAACCAUCUCCUUGCGGCAGUAGCUUCCACGUGCCCCGUGUGCUGGUGCGGUUCCCAUCACACAGACGGGAGGGGUGUUUGUGCACUCUGAUCAACUGGAACCUCUGUAUCAUGCGGCUGAAUUCCCUUUUUCCUUUACUCAAUAAAAGCUACAUCAGACUGAUGCUCUUUCUCCAGAUUCUUAGUCUCACCUCGGCCACAUGGAGCCAUUAUCCCCAUUGGCAGAAAGAUUUUUCUUUAAAAAAAAAGACUAGAAUAACACAAGAAACCACAUUUAGGAUUAUGCUUCACUCAGAGGAGGCAGGCAGGGAGGACGCACCAGGGGCUUUAAUACACUGGGCAUGUUUUCUUUCUCCAAUUGGGCAAUGGGUACAUGGACGUUCACUGUAACAUGCUUUUUCUUUCGUCUUUUUUUUUUUUUUGCUCCUGGCAAGCUGUGCGUGACAUUCUUUAUGGCUUUUUGUAUGUCAAAUACUUCAUAAUAAACUUUCUAGAGAAUUACACUUUAA